GAGAAACCAUCGAUGUAGAGAGGGGGGAUUGCGUCAAUGCAGGGGUCACGGGCAGCCACGGUUCAUUUUUCUUCUUACUGCCGCGCCUGCUUCCUCCGCACCCCACGUUCCGUGGCCGUUCUUCUUCCGCAGCGGGGCCGUUUCUCGCCGGAUCGGCUUGCUGGAGCGUUGGUCCAGUCCAACGGCUCCUGGGCAAUAGAAGGGACAAGAUGGAGGUGGCGGCGCGGCAGUCUAUGGGGUCCCUCUGAAGGCAACUUCCCUUCCGGACGGCGGGUGAUGUCGGAUUCGGAGUCGGAGGAAGAAUGCGGCAACAGGCAGCUCAAGUUCGUGCUGUUGGGCGAUGGCGCGUCCGGAAAGACCUCCUUAGCUACUCGUUUUGUUCAUGAUACUUUUGGAAAGCAAUACAAGCAAACCAUAGGACUUGACUUCUUUUUGAAAAGAAUAACACUCCCAGGAAAUAUAAACGUUACUCUUCAUGUAUGGGAUAUUGGAGGCCAAACAAUAGGAAGCAAGAUGCUGGACAAAUAUAUCUAUGGUGCACAGGCUGUCCUUUUGGUAUAUGAUGUUACCAACCAACAGAGCUUUGAAAACUUAGAAAAUUGGUACAAUGUUGUAAAGAAGGUCAAUGAAGAGUCAGAAACUCAACUACAUGUGGCCCUUGUAGGUAAUAAAAUUGAUUUGGAACAUCUACGGACAGUAAAAAUUGAUAAACAUCUUCAAUUUUGCCAGGAAAGUCAUUCUAGCAGUCAUUUUGUAUCAGCGAAGACAGGCGAUUCUGUGUUCCUGUGUUUUCAAGGAAUUGCAGCUAACCUUGUUGAUGUCAAAUUAAACAGAGCAGAAAUAGAGCAAUUGCAGAAUGUAGUGAAAGCGGAUAUUGUAAACUAUAGCCAGGAGCCUGCAACAAGAACCGUUAACUCUCCCCGGAGCUCAAUGUGUACAAUUCAGUGAGCGUUUUCUCUUUUUGUACAGUGCUCUUUGGCUGCCUUCGCCCAGCAAUGGAGUUGCUGGGAAUGUUGUUUUAAAAGGAAACAUGACUGUAGUGCAUUUAGAAGUUUAAAAAAACCACUACCCAGGCAGCUUCUUUGAAUAGUCAAGAUUCAAAUAGUGGGACCACACACUUUGAAUAUAUAUAUAUUCUUCUGAAUUAUAUUUCAGUAAAGGAGAGUGAUUGUGUGUAGAGAUACUUUUACAUAUAUUAUCAAAAUGUUUGAAGGGUGAAUGCAACAUGUGUAAAUUAAAUGAUAUGAGAAGAGAUUGUGAAAUAAAGGGCAGUGAAAAUAGA